AUCCACCCACCUCCCCGACAGGACAGCGCGAUCGUCAUCCGCCACCCAGGCUCAACUGCUCGCGGCGAGGCAGCACCCGUCCCCUCUCUCCCGUCCUCCUGCGCGCUCUCCCUCCUCGCUGACGCGCGCACACGUCCAAGCCUCCAAGGGGACCAACCAAUCGCGCGCGGCUCUGGUUGGGAAAUGGGUCUCCUGGACCAGCUCUGGGACGAGACGGUGGCCGGCCCGCGCCCGGAGUCCGGCCUCGGCAGGCUCCGCAAGUACGCCUCCUUCUCCCCCUCGUCGUCGUCCUCGCUGGCCCCCGCCGCGGCGCCCGCGGUGACGCGCAGCUUCACCGUCGGGGGCCGCCCGGCGUCGCUGUCCGUCGACCAGUCGCCGCACGGGGAGUCGUACAGCUCCUCCGUCCCGUCCUCCCCGGCCAGCGGGCCGGACUCCCCGUUCGCCGCAGCUACGCCCAAGGCCGAUGGCUAUGGGAGGCUUGGCCGGAAAUCCAAGGCCUCCGACGGGCCGGAGCCGGCCAUCGGGCCGAGGAGCCCCACCGUGUACGACUGGGUGGUGAUCAACUUGGAAUGAUAAGCAAUCGAGCGGAGGACGUACAGAGAGCGAGGAAGCUAGCUAGCGUGUGUGUGUUUGCCUGCAAGUUUGAGGCUGCGUCGUGUUUCCGUUCCGUAUAUGUUCCGUGUUCUACCGAAACCGUGCCUGACUGUCUGGGGUGGCAUGUGUAGUAGUAUGUCUAGCUAGAGACCUGGUAGGAUGAUGAUGAUGAUGAUCAGUUCGUGGGGGUUGGAAGCAGGCGGCGAUCCGAUCCAGUCUAGUUCUGCCUUCCGGCAAGAUGGGUUUUGUUCAGUUCUUCGAUCUGGGGGAAGAACUCUGAAAUGACUAAUGAGGAUGUGGUGUACGCCCGCCUGCUUUGUUUUUCUACGCUCCCCUGUAAUUACCUAAUACUGUGUUCAAUGCAAAGCAUGGCACUGCUUUCAUCUCUCU